CUUUCCGUCGAAUGAUGACCUGUCUUGAUCCCCGUUACGACGCCCCAAGCAGGAGAUAUCUAACUGAUGUAUGUCUCCCUCAGUUGUACCAAACUGUGUACGCACACAUUGAAACCCUUCUGAAGGCUAACGUAUCCAUUAGUUUCACCAGCGAUAUUUGGAGUGCAGACGCAUGCCCAAUGUCUCUACUUAGCUUAACAGCGCACUUUAUUGAUGCUAAUUUUGAAAGACACAACAUUGUGCUACACUGUCAGGAGUUCACGGGGUCUCACUCCGCGGAGGCUUUGGUGGAGGCUUAUCGCUGUAUGUUUCAGUCAUGGGGGAUCCAAACGGAGCGAAUCCACGCCAUUCUAACCGAUAAUGCAAAAAACAUGCAAAAAGCCAUGAGAGACGCAGAUUUCCCUGGGCUCCCAUGUAUGGCUCACACGCUACAGUUGGCGGUACAUGAGGGAAUACUGUCUCAGCGCUCCAUCUCGGAUAUUGUAGCAUCAGGAAGACGCAUUGUUGGACACUUCAAACACUCUCCCUUGGCAUACAGUCGACUGGAGAGCUGUCAGAAGCAACUCGGCCAGCCAAUUAGAAAACUCCGCCAAGAUGUACCAACGCGCUGGAAUAGUUCUUUCUACAUGCUCCAGAGUCUCUUGGAGCAGAAACUGGCCCUCGCAUCAUAUGCAGCAGAAUACGAAUUGCCAUGCAACUUCACAGUCCACCAAUGGAAAUUGAUUGAAAACACAAUAACCAUCCUGGCCCCGUUUGAAGAGCUAACCAAAGAAAUCAGCUCAUCCACUGCGUCCGCUGCGGACGUAAUUCCAUGCAUCCGAGCGCUCACUCGUCUACUUGAGAAAACAACUGAGACGGACCAUGGCGUGAAGACGGCGAAAUCAGUGCUACUGGAAGCUGUCCGACGACGAUUCGCUGACAUUGAUGCACAGAAGUUGUACACAAUAGCUACAAUGCUAGACCCGAGGUAUAAAGACAGAUAUUUCUCAGAGGCACUCAAACCAUCUUUCCAUGAACAGCUUCAGAACGCCCUUGAAACCAGCCACCCUGAACUACCCAUCACUACAAGCACUGUGGAGCAACCCAGUUCCAGCAAGUCAACUGACAAGACCCCACCUGCCUGCUCUUUGCAGGCAAUGUUCGCAGAGUUAGUCGAUGAGGUAGCAGGGCAGAGUGAGCAGGAAAUUACCAUUAUCACCCAGGUCAGCCAGUACAUGGCAGAGUCUGUAUUGCAGCGCAGUUCAAACCCACUUGCCUAUUGGCAGCUGAAUAAAGGCCGCUUCCCUGCACUUGCACAGACAGCAAGAGCCUAUCUUUGUUCACCAUGCACAAGUGUGGAUAGUGAGCGGCUCUUUAGUACAGCUGCAAACAUCAUUGAUGACAAAAGAAACCGUCUCACCCCCAAAAAUGCAGAGAUGCUCAUAAUGAUCAAAAGAAACUUGCCCCAUGUUAUUGGGCAGUGAAAGAUUUUGUCCUUUGUGAUAGUAGGCCUUGCACGUUUUGGUUUUGUGGCCAAUUGUUUAUUUUAUCUUUAACCAGCAUUAACAAGCCAGUUUUCAAGUAGCCCAAGUUUUUUGUAAUGUGAGUUAGAAGCUGUCUGCUUGGCUUUCUAAUGUUCUUUUAUUUACAUUUUGAAUGGAAAGAUUCAUAU